GUGCCGGCUAUGUGGCGUUUACAUGGAACCUGGAGCAGAGCAAACGCUACAACUUAAUGGUUCUCUUGACUGCAUCUGGGCCAAUCAUUAGUGGCAUCUACAUCCUCAUCAUCGUCCUUUCUUUCACCAAGGCAGAGUCAGAUCCUGGGCGUGGCAUCGGCCUCUUCAACAUGAUGUUUCAGCUGGGGCUUGUGGCUUAUCCUGCCAAGCUGUUGCUGAUCCCGGCCACGCCGAUCCAUCACUGGACGGCGGAGCGUUUCGCCGGGAUCCACUUCAAGCGCAAGUGGUGGUGCAUGUUCACCCAGAGCAACGAUGCUUUCGGC